GCUGCCGCCGUCCCCAGCGCCGAAUCCUUCGAGGCGGCGACGGUGGAAGCGGCUGGCACGUUGCUGCUCCUCUCCCCCGGCACCCGCAGCCCCGCCGCCGAUCGGCACGUCCAACACCUGCUGCGACGCCGCGAGGCCGGCCGGCUACGUUACCGUGACUUCUUCUUCUUGGCGGUGGUCUACGAAGCCCCCCAUGCCGCUGAUGCCGCGCUCUACCCGGCGCAGUGUCCGCACUUAUGGCCGCGGUGGCGGGAGCUGCCCAGUCGCCUCCUGGACGUGGGGUUCUGGGGACGCUGGUGGGUGCUGGGGGCCCGGCUGCGGGACUGCGAUGUCAACGAGGAGGAGUUCGGGGCGCUGCCGGCCCGGCUGCGCCACAUGAGCCCCCACCACCUCCACUCCCACCGCAACGAGAGCCAGUUCCUGGAAAAAUUCCAGCCCGUCACCCUCACCGAGGAGGACAUCCAGCGCACCGAGAGCGAGGCAGCAGCACCAGCACGCGCCGAGGGCGCGCAGCUCAGCGGUGAUGCCAGAGAUCCGUAA